AUGGAAGUCCCUAGGCAGGACACUCCCCGGGCCUUCCAAUCCUUCGAGACUUUCCACGAAGCCUCGAACUCGGCACGGAUCCCUCGAGGAUAUGAGCUAGUCGCACAAGACCUGGGUGGUUCUGUCGAGAGUGACAAAGGCUUCCUUUAUACCCAUCCUCUGAGGCAGUACGACCCCGGAGAGUGCGCCAGACUCUGUGACGAUCUUCCGACCUGCGCCGCGUUCAACCUGUAUUUUGAAAGAGAGCCCGCGUACUUACCCGAUGCUUCGGCCGGCUGCUCCAAUCCACCAUCGACCACGAGCAUCGACUGCGUACUCUGGCAUACUCGUCUAGACGAGGAUGACGUUGGCAACUUUGGUGAACUGCGGGAGCAGUUUCAGGUCGUAAUUACGGGCUCGAACCUCUACAACAAAAUCAAUGGGACACUGGAUCUCGGCCAUAUGGGCUACAGCGGGCCAUGGGUAGGUGUGGACAACGAAGCAUCCUUUGCAGUCCCAAACGAGCCCGUAGGCAACUACAGCACGAUAUUGGACCAGAGGCCUCUGUUUUACAACUCCUACAACUCUUCGUCCACUCUCAAUCACUACGACCCUACAAUAUGUGCCCGUCUCUGCUCCGAUAUCACAGACCAGAGGGUGCCCGGCAUCCCAUUCAAAAGCAUUGCAUACCCGGUCUGCAGCAUGUUCGUGGCAUACGAACUGAGACAUGAUGUUCCUCUGGCCAUGGUAUGCGAACUAUACUCUUCUCUGUGGAGCACUAGGUAUCAGACUUUGCGGGAGGUGGUGGGACUCCUUGAAGGAGGAAUGGAGACCAUUCCCUUGCGGCCCACGAGGGUAUCUGUGUACCAUCGGAACGACUACCUAUACCCACCAAUAUGCGCCAUGGAGUAUCAAUGCGGGAGGGACUUCUAUUCUGGCGGUGACUGCUCCGGAUGGGGCAAAGGCUUUUGUUGA